UUUUGAAAAACAGGGGGCGGUGCUUGGAGCGCUGCUGUUGCGUCACAAUUUACUCUAAGUUGCGGGUUAUAACGUCUUUUCGCCAUAUUCACAUAUGUAUUGAUACCCAUGUAAAAUAUGCAAAAUAGGUACAGUGACAUAGGCUUUGCCAAGCAGAUAUUCAGCUGGAAUUUAGUACCGAGGACAAAUGGCAACGACACAUCUCUCAGCGACUUCUCAGAGAUGUGGUAUGGUGUGUUCCUGUGGGCCGCCGUGUCCUCCAUCAUCUUCCACCUGCCUGCAGCCCUGAUCUCCCUGGCCUCUCUGCGGCAGCAUAAGAUCGCCCGGUUCACGCCCAUCGCCAUCCUCCUCAUGGGCAUUCUGGGACCAGUUUGUGGAGGGGUUCUCACCAGUGCAGCCAUAGCUGGGGUGUACAAGGCAGCGGGGAAGACCAUGAUGUCCUUUGAAGCGUUUGUUUUUGGAGUAGGACAGUCAUUCUGCGUCGUCCUCAUCUCUUUCCUCAGGAUCCUCGCCACCCUUUAGCAGAGCCGAGUCUGUCCUGCUGCUGGUUCCCAACCGGAGCUGAGCUGGAAGUGGGACAGAGUUGGACCAAACAAAUCCAGCUUUUAGGCUAUGAUGUCAUUUUGUUGUAAUCUCAACAGGCCAGACUUUUCUGAACCGUCAAAGGUACAAGUGUGUGAGCUUGAGUAUGCACCAUGUUACGUUUUGUCAUUAGUGUGGAUUAUUGAUCAUAACACAGUGCUGUGUGUAUCAGCAUCAGUGAUUGCGUUAUUCCAAAGUGAAAGGAAAACUGCAGGGGGGUGUCGAACAAAUGUUUACGUUCUCUAUGCAGGAUGUGAGGGGUUACGGCUUUGCAGUAGUAUGACACUUUUCUUUCCUCAGGGUGUGUGUGUGUGUUUCUGUGUGUGUGUGAGACAUUGCAGGUAAAACAUGAAUCUGACUGACAGGCUGCUUCACUGUUAAACCAAAAUGUGGUGGUCAGAUCAAAGACUUGCUUUAUUUCUUGAGGCCUUAUUUUGUGUUUUCUGGUUCCUGUUUGUUUGGCAUCUGAAGGCGUCUCUCUGAAGCUUCAGUGAGCAGCAGGUUGCACACUGAAGCCUCCGGGUUUGCUAUGCAAGACAAGCUUGAACAAUAAACAGACUCCAGUGGUUUAGAUGACCUUUAACCCUAGAUCCUGAAGUUGUCCAUCAGUAACCUGACAGAUGUGACCAGAGGUUUGGACUAUGAGGCAUGAUUGUUGGCUUAUCAAACAAUGUUUAGGUUCAGUUCAAAAUGUUUCAGCACUACCAAGCUGGUUCACCUUUUAACUGGGCUUAUUACCAUGGUAACCUCUGCUGGAUGUAAGCAGAACUGACAUCAACUGAUUAUUCUGGUUCCUGUUAGAAGCUGAAGUUUAGAAAUAACACUUAACAGAGUUUUGUGACAGAUUUUUAAUCUUGAUUACUUUGUACAGCUUUGACCUGCGGAUACUUUCUUUUACCUAAUUCAUAUUUCUCUAGGCGAACUAUGACAUAACAGUAUAGAGAAUAAGGUUGAAAAUUAUGUCCUGUGAUUAUAACGGAGGCCGAGUUGUGUGAGAACAGUUGCUGUCAUUUAGGGAUUUAAUGUUAUUUCAGACAAAAUCCUAACAUCUUUAACAUUAGUCAUAGAGCAGUCAACAUAAUCAAGUAGACAUUACGUUGCCAAAUCCAGCAUGUUCCAUCACAGCUCAAAGCAAAGUAGCAGCUGAUCUGCUCUCUGUUCAGCCUUCCUUUUAUCUGCUCAAAGUCCUGCUCUCUCUCACCGUCUCACAGAUCCGUAAGACUACGGAUCUGAAUCUGAACAAACCACUCUGCAUGCAGGCUAAAGAUGCGUCUGUGGUAUUAAUACACAUAUUUGCUCUUUCUUCCAUGAGUCCAUGUAUAACCAGUCGUAAGGCCUUGGUUGUCUUCCAGAGUGGAGAACCAGCAGCUCCGGGUGUGACGUCACACACACACACACACACUGCUCUCCAUUCUGUUCUUAUUCAUGUCUGCUAAUAUUUCUCCGUAUGUUGGAGUGUUUUCUCCCUGCUGUUCCAUUCAGACAGAAAUAAGGGGAUUUUUGCAGACUGCCACGUAUUGCCCGGUUUCAGGAGGUCAGUUAGUGUUGGAAGGUCUGGGAGUGUGAUUAGUUUUAUUUUUAAUAUUUCUUUUACUAAGCAAGUAUUUGAUAUAUUUGGUGAUUUUCAAUGAACCUUUUUCUAAAUGGUUUAAAUUAAUUGUACAUUUUUAGGUUUUCUGACAAAGAUCUAAAUGGCUCUAUUUUUCUGCAGAUUCUAUUUUUCUGUGUAUAUUUUUGCUUGGUAGAAAUAUCUUUUGCCUUUCAGAGCUUAUUAAAUCUGCCCCAUGUGUGUUAUUGAUGUUAUGUUGCUUUUUGAUAAUUGUGAAUCAAGGUACAUGAGUUAACAAUUGAACAAAUGUAUUUUAUGUAAUUUGUUACAGAAAAUAAGUAUUUGCAAUUUUUUGUUGUUGUUGUUAUUGUAACUUAAAGAAAUCUGCUUUUGUUAAAAAUAUUUUUCUCAUUUGCUGUUGUCUCUGUAUUGAUGAAUAAAUGCUUGUUUUGGGACAUUUUUAUACAAA